GCAGGCUGACAAUGAUUUCCUCAGUGAUUACGUACAGAGCGAGUCCCUGCGGGUUAGGGGCCCCCUCUGGAGCCAUCCUGAUGGCUUUGGGGGCCUUGCUUCCAUUUUCCAUUAUUAUGUGGACUACCGGAGCGACAGCGCAGUCCAAGACCUUGCAGUAGAAGAAAAUGAAUCAGAGGACCAGGAAGGAGUGGAACAAUCAGCAGUGCCGAUAGAUCUAAACUGUAAACUAGAAGACAGGACAGACGAUGGAGAGUUGAUAGAUUGUAAGAAAAGACCGGAAGAAGGGGAGGAAUUAGAGGAAGAAGCUGUGCACAGCUGUGACAGCUGCCUCCAGGUGUUCGAGUCAUUGAGUGACAUCACAGAGCACAAGAUUAAUCAAUGUCAACUGGCAGAUGGAGUAGACAUUGAAGAUGAUCCUUCCUGCUCAUGGCCAGCUUCUUCACCCUCUAGUAAAGAUCAGACUUCCCCAAGCCAUGGAGAUGGUUGUGACUUUGGUGAAGAAGAAGGUGGCCCAGGAUUGCCCUACCCAUGCCAGUUUUGUGACAAGUCUUUUAGCCGCCUCAGCUAUUUAAAGCACCACGAGCAGAGUCACAGCGACAAGCUCCCUUUCAAGUGCACCUAUUGCAGCCGCCUCUUCAAACAUAAGCGGAGCCGAGAUCGCCAUAUUAAACUUCACACAGGAGAUAAGAAGUACCACUGUAGCGAAUGUGAUGCAGCAUUUUCAAGAAGUGAUCACCUUAAAAUUCAUUUGAAGACUCAUACCUCUAACAAGCCAUAUAAGUGUGCCAUUUGCCGACGUGGAUUUCUCUCCUCUAGUUCACUUCAUGGACACAUGCAAGUUCAUGAGAGGAACAAAGAUAGUUCUCAAUCUGCCUCCCGGAUGGAGGAAUGGAAAAUGAAGGACACUCAGAAAUGCAGUCAGUGUGAAGAAGGUUUUGAUUUUCCAGAAGAUCUUCAGAAACACAUAGCAGAAUGCCACCCAGAGUGUUCCCCAAAUGAAGACCGAGCGGCUCUUCAGUGUGUUUACUGUCACGAACUCUUUGUAGAGGAAAGUUCACUAGUAAAUCACAUGGAGCAGGCUCAUAAUGGAAUGGAAAAGAAACAUAUGUGCAGUAUUUGCUCAGAGAAUUUCCAUACUGUCGAAGAGCUAUAUAGCCACAUGGAUAGUCACCAGCAGCCAGAAUCAUGCAACCAUAGUAACAGCCCAUCUUUAGUGACAGUUGGUUACACCUCAGUCUCUAGCACUACUCCAGAUUCAAAUCUCUCAGUAGACAGUUCAACUAUGGUUGAAGCGGUUCCCCCAAUCACAAAAGGACGUGGAAGAAAACGGACAGCACAGCAGGUGGCAGAUAUCACUGGGCCUUCAAAUAAACAAGCCAAGGUUGCUUAUAGUUGCAUUUAUUGCAACAAGCAGUUAUUUUCAAGCCUUGCAGUACUGCAAAUACAUUUGAAAACUAUGCAUUUAGAUAAACCUGAACAAGCCCAUAUUUGUCAGUAUUGUUUAGAAGUGUUACCUUCACUUUACAACCUAAAUGAGCAUCUGAAACAAAUACAUGAAGCGCCAGAUCCUGCACUGAUAGUUUCUACCAUGCCUGCUAUGAUCUACCAGUGUAACUUCUGUUCAGAAGUUUUCAAUGACCUCAACUCCCUUCAGGAACAUAUUCGAUGUACUCAUGGAUUUGGAAAUCCAGCUGCUAAAGACAGUAAUGCAUUCUUUUGUCCUCAUUGUUAUAUGGGAUUUCUUACUGAUUCUUCUUUGGAAGAGCAUAUUAGACAAGUCCAUUGUGAUCUUAGCAGUUCUCGUUUUGGUUCUCCUGUGUUAGGUACCCCUAAAGACCCUGUUGUUGAAGUAUAUUCUUGCUCUUACUGCACAAAUUCUCCAAUAUUUAAUAGUGUUCUUAAACUGAAUAAGCAUAUAAAGGAGAAUCAUAAGAACAUUCCAUUAGCAUUAAAUUACAUCCAUAAUGGGAAGAAGUCUAGAGCCAUGAGCCCUUUAUCUCCAGUUACUAUAGAACAGGCAUCAUUAAAGAUGAUGCAGGCUGUUGGUGGUGCUCCUCAGCGCCCUGCUGGUGAGUACAUCUGCAAUCAGUGUGGUGCUAAAUACACCUCUCUGGACGGUUUUCAGACUCAUUUAAAAACACAUCUUGACACUGUCCUGCCCAAAUUGACUUGCCCUCAGUGCAAUAAGGAGUUUCCAAACCAGGAGUCCCUGUUGAAGCAUGUGACCAUCCAUUUCAUGAUAACCUCCACAUACUACAUCUGUGAAAGCUGCGAUAAACAGUUUACUUCAGUGGAUGAUUUGCAAAAGCACUUGCUUGACAUGCACACCUUUGUGUUUUUCCGUUGUACAUUGUGUCAAGAGGUCUUUGAUUCAAAAGUUUCCAUUCAGCUUCAUCUGGCUGUGAAGCAUAGCAAUGAGAAGAAGGUGUAUAGAUGUACGUCUUGCAACUGGGAUUUCCGUAAUGAGACAGACUUGCAGCUCCACGUUAAGCACAAUCAUCUGGAGAAUCAAGGCAAAGUACACAAGUGUAUUUUUUGUGGUGAGUCUUUUGGUACUGAAGUGGAACUCCAGUGCCACAUCACAACACACAGCAAAAAAUACAACUGCAAGUUCUGCAGCAAAGCAUUUCAUGCUAUCAUAUUGCUGGAAAAACACUUGAGGGAGAAACAUUGCGUUUUUGAAACAAAAACUCCCAAUUGUGGAACCAAUGGAGCAUCUGAACCAGUUCAGAAGGAAGAAGUAGAGCUACAGACAUUGCUGACAAACAGCCAGGAAUCCCACAACAGCCAUGAUGGAAGUGAAGAAGAUGUUGAUACAUCUGAACCAAUGUAUGGUUGUGACAUUUGUGGAGCAGCCUACACAAUGGAGUCUCUCUUGCAAAACCACCAACUUCGGGAUCACAAUAUCCGACCUGGGGAAAGUGCCAUAAUAAAGAAAAAGGCAGAGCUCAUAAAAGGGAACUACAAAUGUAAUGUGUGCUCACGAACAUUUUUCUCUGAAAAUGGGCUUCGUGAACAUAUGCAGACACAUUUGGGUCCAGUGAAACACUAUAUGUGCCCAAUAUGUGGUGAGAGAUUCCCUUCGCUUCUGACUCUCACUGAACAUAAGGUCACACACAGUAAGAGCCUUGAUACGGGAAACUGCAGGAUUUGCAAAAUGCCACUCCAGUGUGAGGAAGACUUCUUGGAGCAUUGUCAGAUGCAUCCUGACUUGCGAAACUCCUUAACAGGAUUCCGAUGUGUGGUUUGCAUGCAGACAGUGACUUCUACUUUGGAGCUGAAGAUCCACGGGACAUUCCACAUGCAAAAGACGGGCACCAGUGCCGCAGUGCAGUCUACAGGGCGAAUACAGCAUCUUCAGAAAUUGUACAAAUGUGCUUCUUGCCUGAAAGAAUUUCGCUCAAAACAGGAGUUGGUAAAACUUGACAUUAACGGCUUACCAUAUGGUCUGUGUGCUGCUUGUGUUAAUCUCAGCAAAAGUAGUAGCCCUGGUACCAACAUACCUUCAAGCAGUAAUAGACAAGGCAUGGGCCAGAAUGAGAACCUGAGUUCCGCUGAGAACAAAAGCAAAGGAGGACUGAAGACUCGCUGUUCAAGUUGCAAUGUAAAAUUUGAAUCAGAAAGUGAACUUCAGAACCACAUCCAGUCAGUCCAUAGAGAACUUGUUCCAGACAGCAAUAAUACACAUUUGAAAACACCACAAGUAUCACCAAUGCCCAGAAUCAGUCCAUCACAAUCAGAAGAGAAAAAGACCUAUCAGUGCAUCAAGUGCCAGAUGGUUUUCUACAAUGAGUGGGAUAUCCAGGUUCAUGUUGCAAACCACAUGAUUGAACUCGAUGGUAGAUAUACCAGUACUUCCACCAGUUCCAGAAUUCCCAGACAGGUGGGCAAUACUAAUGAAGGACUAAACCAUGAAUGCAAGUUGUGCAACCAGACAUUUGAUUCUCCUGCCAAACUCCAGUGCCAUCUAAUAGAGCACAGUUUUGAAGGAAUGGGAGGAACCUUCAAGUGUCCAGUCUGCUUUACAGUAUUUGUUCAAGCCAACAAAUUGCAGCAACAUAUUUUUUCAGCCCAUGGGCAAGAAGAUAAGAUCUACGACUGCACACAAUGCCCACAGAAGUUCUUCUUUCAAACAGAAUUGCAGAAUCAUACGAUGACCCAACAUAGCAGUUAGUGCAAGGCCCAGUUCUUCAGAAGAGGAAUCUUUGCAGGACAAAAAAAGGGAACAUGUUUUACUCUUUGCACGAGACUCUCAUUGUUAAUAUAUAUUAUUCAGAAACAUUGUAUUGUACCAUAAAACCUGUAUUAUGGAAACUGUUGGAUGUUCAUGUGUUUGAACUUUUGAGCACCGGAGAGACUUCCUGUAUAUAAAGUGUUGCACAUGUAUUAUGUUGUCUGAUACUAAAAUGGUCUUAUAAAGACAAGUGGACUUGGGCCCUAUUCAAGCAGGACUAAGAGAAUAAUUAUAAUACCAACAACAUAUAAAAGGGAAAUAUGGCUUAAGGAAAAAAAGAAAUAAGCAGUGAUACAGUACAAACCUUUUGGCCUUCCUUUUGUUCAAGCUUAUGUCUACAAUCUCUGUCUUUUGGUAUUCACAUGGAUGAAUUCAAGAAUAUUUUUAGUGCUAAAGAAGAAGAAGAACAACAAGAAGAAGACUCUCCAAGCAGGACCCCCAGCUGAAUAUGGCCUGUAUAUAUUUGUAAGCCUUGCGAUAUGACAGAUAGCAUUACCAUAUAUGCAAUAGUUGUUAUGUAGAUUGUCAAAGAAACUUUUUUUCCUGGAUACCAUUUGAAGCUUUUGAGUGUUCAAGACUUUUCCUUAAUGAUGUCACAUGGCCAAAUUUUUGAAUCAGUUGAACUAACCUGUAUGUUACUGUUAUUAAUGUUUACUCUGCAAUCUGAACCUGGAGAUUACUGGAAUGGUUUUCCAAGAAGAAAUAAAUUCAGUUUACC